AUGGACGGCCAUUUCGACUCCAACGAUCGCUUUUCUGGAACUGGAGACGACGACUUUCAUCGGCAUUCCCACUGCAGCACCAAUCACUUCGACUUCGAUUUCUCCGUCAUGCACGCCCAGCAAACAGCGAACGAGGCUGCUCGCCUCUCUGCCGCCGCGGGUGGUGCCUACGAGUCACACGACGACCUCUGUGUCGACCGCUGCAUGGGUGUGGGCCUCUACAAUGGCUUCCAGCAGUUUAAUCACCGAGGGGGGCCCCCCUCGCUCCAAAACCGCUGGCCACGCGACAGUCAGGACUAUCCUAUGGGCCUAAACGACCUGUCGAUGCAAUUUCGCGCCGCCGAUAUGGCUCCUCCCGCCGCAAAUCUCUACCAGCAACAGUCCUGGUACACCCACCAACUAGACCCAUGUGUCCCGUGCGCCGACGAGGACUGCCACUCCAUGGCCGACACUUGCUGCGAUAGCGAGUGUACCAUGACUGACAAGUGCACCGACGUUGCUUGCGCCGAUACCGAGGACGCUUGCACCGAUCAAACCUGCCCCGAGCGUUCUGCCCUUCCCGUCCCGGCCUCGGGCCCGGUCCCCACGUCUGAAGUGGUCAGCGGUGCAGCCGCCCUCAUCUCCAUCAACCACGCGCCCGAGGACUCUCAGAGCCACUAUGUCAUGGGUGAUUUGGGUUUCGGUCUAUCUAGUCCGCCUCAGCAGCCCUAUUUGUUCCCUCCCGACUUCUUGCCCGGGCAGUUGGGCAACAUCACUAACCACCUGCUGGUUGCCCACGGCGACACCUCCUCCUCCUCCAACUGCACAGACUCAUGCCCCUUGGACGAUCCUCAAAUUUACCAGUAUUGCCACAUGCCUCUACCUAGCAACCCUGCCGCCUUCGGCCAGUUCAAUCCUGUCGGUUCAGCUUUUCAGAUAAAUCAAAGUUUUGUCGAGUGUGGAGCUGAAAUUCACGACGCUGAGUCGUUUCUCAUGCACUUCAACGCACAGCACAGGCCAUACUUUACCGCCAGUACGCCCAAUCCCCUACGUGCUCCGGCCGGCACCCGGCAUAACGGACAUGCCCUGGCUUCGACUGAAGUCAUGUCCCCCCCGGCCACACCUUUAGAUACGUCCGAUUCGGGCCGGUCAUCAGCGACACCAUCUCCUCUCACCCCGCUCUCCAACAGCGUCGAGAUGACAGAUGCCAAACCAGACAGCUCACUUCAUCUCCGCGGCACAUCCACCGCUUCGUCUGUCGACAGGUCUCUUGAUCUAGCGGCCGAGGAAGAGCACCGGUGUUUGUGGCGUGACGAAGGUAGUUCAAGGAUCUGCGGUCAAUUAUUUGAGGAUUCUGAAGAGCUGUUCAAGCACGCUUCAGAAACUCAUAUCAAGCACGCUCAAAAGGGGGUUCAGGGCUUUCGUUGCGGCUGGGAUGACUGCCCACGCAGUGAGAUCGGCGCUACAGGGUUCCCCCAGAGGAGCAAGAUUGAGAGGCAUAUGCAGACUCAUAUUGGCCCUAUGCAUCAGCGUGUCCAUUCCGGUCUCAAACCCCUGAAGUGCCCUGUCUGCGGGAAAGGCUUCAGCGAAUCCUCCAACCUGUCCAAGCAUAAGCGCACCCACGAAGUCAAGGGCCGCUUCACCUGCACCGUCCCAGGGUGCGACCGCAACUUCCACCGCCAGGACCAACUCCGGCGCCACAUGAAGACGCAUCAGAAGGACGGCGAGGGCAGGCCCAUGUCGAGUUCUGCAGCCAGCGUGGACGGCAUGUUCGACCAGUCCCCACAGAGCUGA